CCGGCCUCGGUCUCUCUGUCUGUCCCCGGGUCUCGGUCUCCUUGGGUCUCUCCGUCCCCAGUCCCCUUCUCCUCGGAUAUCGGUCGGUCUCUGUUUCUCUGUCCCCGGGUUUCGUGCUCCCCAGGCCUCGGUCUACCCCGGUCUCUCGCCCCUUAGGUCCCUGGUCGUCGGUCUCCCUUGGUCCCUUUUCCCAGGUCUUGGGCUUCCCUUGUCCCAGUCUCUCUGGGUCUCUCUUUCCCUGGUUCCCUGGCUUUCUGUCUCCCUAGGCCUCAGUCUCCCCCGGCUUCGGUUCACCAGGUCUCUCUCUCUUCGGGUCACUCCCACCCACAACCCUGGCUCCCAGACAGAUGCUCUGUUCUCCUGGUCCUCUCUCGCUGUUUCAGUAAGGCCUGUGUUCCCAUGUUUUCCUGCCCCCCAGCUCUUCUCUAGGCCCCGAUUUAUUCCUGCCUGAGGCGAGCGGAGAGAUGUAGAUCUGAAGACCUUAAGCCCUCUCGCCUCCCCAUCCCCAAGGGGCCUCAAUGGGCAACUUAGCUUAGGACUCCUUUGAGCAUUUCCCUUCUAUAACAUGAUCUCGUCUCUCCCCUCCCCCAGCCAUUCCUCCUCCAGGUGCUCAACAGCCCAGGGACCCCAGGAAAGACCAAGGCUUAAGGCCCCCCCCACCCUGACCUCCGACCCCAACGAUGGCUACGGCCCCGAGCUCCCCGGCUCGGGCUCCCCGGGAGCACGAGGGACCCCUGACGGUCCAGGUGGCGGAAGACUCGGUCUGGGGGCAGGACGACACCGGCCCCGAGAGCUUCCGCCAGCGCUUCCGCUGGUUCCGCUACCAGGAGGCGGCCGGCCCGCGGGAGGCCCACAGCCGGCUCCGGGAGCUCUGUCGCCGCUGGCUGCGGCCCGAGCUGCGCACCAAGGAGCAGAUCCUGGAGCUGCUGGUGCUGGAGCAGUUCCUCACCGUCCUACCCCGGGAGAUCCAGACUCAGGUGCGGGAGCGGCGGCCGGAGAGCGGCGAGGAGGCCGUGGCCCUGGUGGAGGGUCUGCAGAGGGAGACCAGGAGACCGAGGCGGUGACAGUGUGCGUACGUGGCCAAGAAGUACUCUCGGAGCAGACCUCCGCCCUUGGCCACACACCGCGGGAGCCCCUGACCAUCCAGCUGGACAGGUCGGAGUCCCUGGACCAGGAGGAGGAGGAAGAGGAAGAAGAGGAGGAAGAAGAGGAGGAGGAGGAGCCACCGAGUCCAGAGACCCCAAGUCGGGACAUCGGCUCCCCGGACACACCGGGCUGGGAUCCUGAGGAAGAACCGCCCCCGUCACCCACCCAGGAGAGGGCCCCGUCUGCUCCCCGAGUCCCUGCCUCCCCGCAGGACGGGAGCAGCACCGAGCGGGAGAUGGCCGCCGCGCUCCUGGCCGCCGGAUCGCAGGGCCUGGUGACCAUCAAGGACGUGUCCCUGUGUUUCUCCCAGGAAGAGUGGGGUAGUCUGGACCCUGGGCAGACGGACUUUUACGGCGAAUACGUCAUGCAGGAGAACUGUGGGAUUGUGGUGUCUCUGAGGUUCCCAAUUCCCAAACUGGAUGGCUUCUCCCAGGUGGAAGGAGGGGAAGACCAGUGGAUGCCGGACUCCCAGGACUCAGAGAUUCUCAGAGUCACCUACCCAGGAGACGGUAGCGAGCCCGACGGAGUGGUGCCAGUGCCGGAGCCGGAGCCGGCCGGCCUGCCAGCCGACGGGCCAGAGGAAGCCCACCCCUGGAGCCCUGAGCCGGGCGGGCCCUGGCCGGACGGGCCGGGGAGCCCCGGGGCCCGGAGGCUGGAGUUGACCGCCCUGCGGGCCGGCGGCUUCCCCGGCCUGUUGUGCCGGGGGGAGCUGGAUUCCCUGAUGCGGUCGCACCUGUGCCCCCAGUGCGGGAAGAGCUUCGUGUGGGGCUCCCACCUGGCCCGGCACCUCCAGACCCACACUGGCGAGCGGCCCUACCGCUGCCCCAAGUGCCAGAAGAGCUUCGGCAGGAGGCAUCACCUGGUGCGCCACCAGAAGACCCACCUGCGUGAGAAGCCCAGCCGCUGCCCCGACUGCGGCAAGGUCUUCCGCUGCCCCGCCCACCUGGCCAGUCACCAGCGGGCCCACGCCGAGGGCGAGAUCCCCGGCCGGGCCCCGGGGCAGGCCCGGGCCUUGGUAGACGGGUGGGCCCGGCCCCCGGGAGUGGGGAGGGCCCGGCCCGGGCCCGAGGGCCAGGAGGGCAAGCCAGCCAAGCCGCGCCAGGUUGGGGAGGGGCCUGGCAAGGUGAGGCGGCGGCGUGCCCCACCCGUGGAGCGCUCCCACAUCUGUGGGGAGUGCGGCAAGAGCUUUGGCCGGCGCCAUCACCUUGUGCGCCACUGGCUGACUCACACCGGCGAGAAGCCCUUCCACUGCCCCCAGUGCCAAAAGGGCUUUGGCCGCAAGCACCACCUGGACAGGCACCUCCUGACCCACCAGGGACAGAGCCCGCGAGCCCCCCCGCCCCUGGGGACCGCCUUCCCGCCGUCCCCCCCGGCCACAUCUGCCCAGGGAACCGGCCUGGGCCCCGGCCCCCUGGCCUUCCAGGACUGGCUUCCUGGAGGCCUGCAGGGACCAGUCCUUCCCCUCUCCUCUUUGGGAACGUGAGCCCCGGCCCCACCCUGGAGGUGGGGGGAAGAAGAGCCAGCGGGGG